AUGACACCUGAUGUGCAUAUCAAGGAGACUAGAGAGCGCGAGUGUGGUAACAAGAACCAGGUGAAAAGAUUACAACAGCAACGGGCAGGUUUACUACGCCGGAUGAUCAAAUCUACCGACAGUCGGCUGAAGCCGGCGGACCGUUCCAAAACCGAAUCGAAGAAAAAACGUGACCCCGAUGAACCAAAGCUCAUCGAACGACCCCAAGGCAGCUCGGCAAUGUUCUUUCAGUACAACACACAGCUAGGCCCACCGUAUCACGUGCUGAUCGAUACGAAUUUCGUAAAUUUCAGCAUCAAAAACAAACUCGACAUCAUCAAAACCAUGAUGGACUGCCUGUACGCUAAGUGUAUCCCGUACAUUACGGACUGUGUGGUGGCCGAGCUGGAAAAGCUCGGACAGAAGUACAAACUGGCGCUCCGGAUCAUUAAAGAUCCACGAUUCGAGCGAUUGCACUGCAUGCACCGGGGAACGUACGCCGAUGACUGUCUGGUGCAGCGAGUAACCCAGCACAAAUGUUACAUAGUGGCCACAAACGAUAAGGAUCUGAAGCGACGUAUUCGUAAAAUCCCCGGUGUGCCAAUCAUGAAUGUAGCCGUCAAUCGGUACGUCAUUGAACGGAUGCCGGAUGCGUUCGAACCGUUAUCGAAAAAAUGA